AUGCCUCAAGAAGUGGACAUGCUAUCCGGUGUUUAUCCUACCGACGGAGACGGUGAAACAACAGCGGUUCUGUUAAAUUGGUCGAGAUUAGAUAAUUUAAAGGUUAUAGUAAAGCAUCUCUGCCAAUACUCGAUGUUCAAGGAGAUCAUGAUAUGGAACAACAAUGGCGAAGUGCAUCUUUCUGAUCAGCUCCGAUACUACAACUCUCCGGAAAACAUGUACUUCAUCGCUAGAUAUAUUGCUUGCGCGAUGGCCACCACACCUUAUUGUUAUUUUCAAGACGAUGACUGGAUAAUUCGACAAGUGCGAUCCAUGUAUGCAAACUUUCUGCGUUUCCCGAAUUUGGUUCACAUCGACACAGAUGCCAACGUGUAUUCUUUAACGAAUUGGAAGUGGUGCUUUUUUGACGAUUCUAUUGAUCUGCACUCUUGCUUUUCCUGGGUUGGAACUGGUGCUUUCGCAACAAGGGAAAAUGUGAUUAAAUUUCUUAAAAUUGCUUCGGUCGCUGAAAUGGAUCCCAUCGAAUUUUCGUUUGGUGACAUGUAUUUCACAACAUUCAUGAAUCAAGUGCCCUAUCAGUUGGAAAAUGAACUGCAGGAAUUACCGCGAGGAAAUGCUUUUAGCGCUGACGAUGAAAGGAUUCGCAAUAAGCUUUACAUGCAUAAGGCCUUAUUACGCCUAUGUGAUCAUCUCUCCCGCAAAACGGGCGCAUUCGAGACCGGCGAACUUUAUCCCAACAUUUAUCAAAGGGACGUAAGAUCUCCCUGUGCUAACGACCGAUGCCUAUUUUUGACAAAUAAACGCACUUUUCCGGAUGUUCGAGUUUUCCGUUAUAGACCAUCGGUAAACAUCAGCGAGUCCGAGCGAAUACACGAAGAUUAUUAUAACACGGAUCAUUUCAUUAAGCAUCCGUAUUCCCAUGCUGUUGACGGCAAAGAUUGGACCGCCUGGAAAUCACAAGAAGCCAUUCGUAAAGAUGAUUACAUAGGCUUAGAUCUAUUGUUUCCAACUCCCCUUCCUCUCACCUUUAAACUCGUCAUCGACCACCAUAGAGAUUAUUUUUCCUCACUCGAAAUACACAUAUCCUUUGAUGGAAUAGAUUGGAUACCAUUGGUGCCUCUUCCAAAAAUAUCCAUCCGUCAACUUCCGCAAACCGGACUUGACGGAAAAACACACUUAUUAUUAUGUUCAUUUCAAAUUCGAGAAACUGGCAUCAGGUUUGUUAGAUUGACGAGCACUGACGAAUGGGAAUUUCCAUAUGGCGUAUACGAUUUCUCUUUUCAUGCUAGUACGGAGCUGAAUGACGAGGGUUUUCAAAGAAUGCUACACCUCGAGGUACCCCGACUAUCCACGAUUGAGGGAAAAAAGAUAGGCGAGUGUGGACAGCUCUAG